AUGAUCCACGAGACAGCACGGGAGGCUCCCCCGUUCCAAUGGUCCCACCUUUGGCGACCGGCAAUUAUUAACCCAAUAAACCUCAAAAGCUACACCAUCCCAAUAUUCAAUCUCAUGGACCCAUAUGGACGGGCAUUCCAUCUCAGUUGGCUUGGGUUUUUUGUCGCUUUCCUUUCGUGGUUUGCAUUUCCACCGCUUAUCCCGGACGCGAUCAAGUCAGACCUCCAUCUAUCCGCGGCCCAAGUUGCGAACUCCAACAUCGUUGCAUUGGUCGCGACACUGGCCGUACGGUUAUUCGUCGGCCCUCUUGUCGACCAGUAUGGGCCAAGGAAGGUCAUGGCGGCAAUCUUGAUUCUCGGCGCAAUACCUUCUGGCCUUGCGGGAACUGCGCACAACGCAUCUUCGCUUUACGUGUUGCGCUUUUUCAUAGGGCUUUUGGGUGCGACAUUUGUCCCAUGCCAGGCCUGGACUUCGUCCUUCUUUGACAAGAAUUGCGUGGGAACCGCAAAUGCUCUGGUUGGAGGAUGGGGUAUGUGUCCCGGUGGGGCGACUUUCGCAAUCAUGACUUCGCUUUACCAAAGUCUGAGGGCCCGCGGUUUAUCCCAGCACAUAGCUUGGCGGGCGUCUUUUGCUAUAGUCCCCGCUCCUGUUUUGAUCUUCGUCGCUGUCUUGACCCUGAUAUAUGGAACAGAUCACCCUGCGGGAAAAUGGACCGAACGCCACAACGUUCCCGCUACAGAAAUAGCUGUUGAGCAAGGACAUGACGAUCAUGAUGGCAGCGACGAGAAGCUCGAUGAAAAGGGGGUGCGCGACACUUCCGUGACCGUCCAUCCUGUCCAGAAGAUUGCUUCUAUCGAUGUUGCCGUUAACGAGCGACUUACGAUCAAGGCAGCAUUGAAAAUUUUGGCGAGUCCGGUGACGUGGUUACCUGCCCUGGCAUACUUGACGACUUUCGGAGUCGAAUUAGCAAUUGACAGCCAGAUGUCCAAUGUUCUCUUCGGCUUAUACAGUAAAAACAUUCCUGGCUUCAGCCAAACGACGGCGGGGUAUUACACUUCAAUCUUCGGCUUUCUCAACCUUGUUACGAGACCGCUAGGCGGGUACGUUGGGGAUCUUCUUUAUCGAUCAUUCGGCACUCGGGGAAAAAAGGUCUGGACACUCCUCUGUGGUCUAAUCAUGGGCGCAGCUUUGAUCGCAGGGGGAUUGUAUAUCGAGGAUCAUCAUACCCCUACAAAAUCUCCAUCAUUGGCUACAAUUAUGGGAGUCUUCUCCCUGGCUGUGAUCUUCUCUGAACUCGGAAACGGCGCAAACUUUGCUCUGGUGCCCCACUGCAAUGUCUACAACAAUGGCGUCAUGUCUGGUCUGGCUGGGUCUUUUGGUACCCUAGGAGGAGUCAUUUUCACUUUGGUUUUCAGGUUUCAAACUGUCGCAGGAAAGGGUUUUUGGAUUAUGGGAAUUAUCUCCGUUGUUAUAAAUGUGCUCCUGUUACCUAUCCCAGUUCCCGCCUAUUAG